GCUAUAUCUCUCCAGCUUCCCUCCCCGCCCGUCCGCAGACUAUUAUUCCGCUGCGGACGCAAUCUGCAAUCCUGGCCGCCAAUCAUCACACUAGCGCAGAUCGCGACCCCAGCGCUAGCGACAGUGACAACGCCGCCGCUGCCAGCUCCAGCUCCAGCACAAGUCAGAGCGCCACCAACGCGACUUCAAGCAGUACCGCUGCCUCCAACCGGCACGCGUCAGGUUCCACGCGUGCCGGAGGCGGUUUCACUAGCUUCUUCCACCACACAAUGCCCUCGCGUACUGGAGCAAAGGGUGACGACCCGCUUGCGCUCGUCAUGGCCCCGCCUCCAGACGAGACGCCGGAUCAACAGGUAGCGCGUCUUGCCCGCGAAGCUGAAGCGCGACGUAUCAGCGAGGCGAUUGACGAACAGCUCAAGCAGGAACGCCUGCAGCAGAAGAAGUAUAAAAUCGUCAAGCUCCUCCUCCUUGGGCAAAGCGAAUCUGGGAAAUCCACCACUCUACGACAAUUUCAACGAUUAUACACGCCAUCGGCUUUUCGCGAAGAGCGAAUAUUAUGGCGAUCUGUCAUCCAGCUUAACCUCGUACGUUCUGUACGUAAAAUCCUUGAUGCAGUUGCAGAACAUUCCGACGCGCUUUAUGCCGAAUCUCUCCAUUUGCGAAAUGCGAUGGGCGGCGUCGACGACGGCGGAGGCGAUUCAGAUGGUGAUGGUGAUGAUGCGACGUUUUUCACUGAUCCUGGGUCACAUUUGCACGAGCUCAGCAUGCGAUUACUGCCGCUUCGACAUAUAGAACAGCUUCUGAUUGCAAAGCUAGUCCCGCCAGACGAGGAAGAGGCGACGCAUUUCGGUUCUAGUACAGGUGGCUUUGUAUCUGUGCUGGGCCCAAACGAUGCGAGCGGAAGCGGGAGUAACGGGAACUAUGCUGGGGAAGGCUUUGCAAGUGGGAGCGAGUUCAAGGGGCAUCACGGUGGUACGGUGGGGCGGUUACACGACAGGGCCGGACGAAAUCAGGAGAUAUUCGUGCGCCCAGGUACCGCGUGGAAAGGAUUCGUUGCGCGCGGGAAGGACCGACCAUCAAAUCGUUCGCCCUCGCCCUCACAACACUCGCAUACACACUCUUACUCUCAAUCGUAUUCAAAGGGCCAUCCACACCACGGUCAUUCUCUCUCUCAUGAUCUUUCACAGAGCAUAGAUCUGCACGACGAAACGACAGCCGUAUUGCAUUCGUGCCGACAUGACAUUAUGGAGUUAUGGCGUGAUCCAACUGUCCGAGAAGUACUUCGGAAGAAGAAGAUCCGACUAGAGGAACAACCCGGCUUCUUCCUAAAUGACCUAGAGCGAGUAACAUCGCUGAAAUACAUGCCCUCGGAUGAUGAUGUGCUUAAAGCACGACUGAAAACUGUCGGCGUGUCAGAACAUCGGUUCGAGAUGGAGUCUGGUCGUGAAAGCGGGACAGAAUGGCGAAUUGUGGAUGUGGGCGGGUCGAGAUCACAGAGACCUACCUGGAUUCCGUUCUUUGAGGAUGUAAAUGCGAUCAUUUUCCUUGCACCAAUCUCAGGCUUUGAUCAAGUCCUUGCAGAGGAUCGAAGUGUCAAUAGAUUGGAGGACAGCGUACUGCUUUGGAAGAUGAUUUGUUCGAAUAAACUAUUAUCAAAUGUCGAGCUCGUUCUCUUCCUAAACAAGUGUGAUAUUCUCGAUCGAAAGCUCAAGGCUGGCGUGCGGCUCGCGAAAUAUGUUCGUAGCUUCCAGGACCGGAGUAACGAUUCAGACACAGUGCAGAAAUACUUCAAAGCAAAGUUUGCUGCUAUUCAAAGAGAAUAUUCUCCCAACCCAAGGAAGUUCUAUGGAUUCUGCACUUCUGUGACUGACAUAACGACUACAUCUGGCAUCCUUGCAAGUGUGCGGGAUAUGGUUAUGCGGGAACAUUUGAAGCGGUCGAAAUUACUUUAAUUCCGAACGACAGUCAAUUGCAAUAACAUGCUAAAGAAAUCCGUAAGUUCAUAAUGCGCUUUCUUGGAGCAUUCCACGUUUUCACGCUGAACAUAUCUUGUCGUACGGCUAUCAUAUUACACGUGUUUCCAUUCCAGUCAGCGCUUGUCGUUCAUGUCUCUCGAAGACGCCGUUGGUUCUGCUUCCGCUGUUCUUCCUCAUAUCAAGGCAUCACAACUGCGAGGCGAUUUACUUUUUUCGUCCUCCGGCCUUAUCGGGGUCGUCCAUACUCAUCGGACGCCUCACCCUGCAAGUCCGACCUCAUCGCCACGAGUUUUUCGCCGGUGUGUACGGACAUCAUUCCUGUCUGAUCAGACCGAGCUCCUCAGAUCUACAUCGCAACUCACAUUGUGCGCCUCUGUUAAAAUCAACAACUCCGACGUCAUCCAUUGUACUUUACUAGCUGUACCUACAUUUGUGAUGCACUAUCUUUUCCCAUUCCUCCCUCAAGAGUCAUUUUUAUUGUUUCUUUCCGCCUAGCUCAUUUUACGAGUUUCAUUUCCGCGGAUCCAGCCUUUUUUGAUUCAUUCUUGACCUUUGAUUUUGGGCAUUAUGAACUUUAUGUGGUCCUUUUCUGCUUCCUUACGUUUGAUAGAUACAUUCCACUAUCUGCGAGGAUAACACCAGCCCUGCCUUUACCUUACUCGAGCUACACUUUGCAGGGCCCAAUAUCUCUCCCUGCGUCUUAUCUCACGCCAAGGCCUGUUUUCCUUAUCAGCGGACGCGUAUGCUGUCUGCUGCCAUCCUACCUGUUCUUGAGGUUCCCGUAUUACAAACUCAUGCCUUACCUGCAGUUUCCUAUCCUUUUACCCGACUCUCCAUCUUCUCUGCAUGAUCUUCAUUCCGUCAACUUGUUCGUUCCUUCCACACACAAGGAAGCUGACAGAAAUUAGCCAUACCAUACUGUUCCGAAGUGGCGUGAUCA